AUGACUUCUUGCAGUCAAUAUUCUUCUCAUUUACGGAUACAACGUUUCAUUGCCUUCUCCGUUGCCAGCGUGGCUUUCGUUCUGUUAGCUGGAGCAAUGGUUACUCUUCCAUUGGCUUAUCGAUACGUUCAUCAAUUGAGAUAUUCUCUUGAGAGACAGUUUGUGGAAUGUAACGAUGUUGUGAGAACAAUCCAUACUAGUGUCGAUGAGCUUUCCACCAUGAUUGCCAACUCAAACCACACUAGAUCAAUUAGAGGAACCAAACCAAGAAGACGUUUUGAUGAAGAUGACACAGUUGAAGGAACUUGCGAUGGAUGUUGUCUACCUGGAUCUCCAGGACCAGCUGGACCUCCUGGGCGACAUGGACGUCACGGUGCUCCAGGAGCCCCUGGAAAACCAGGAAACCCAGGAGAGCCACCACGAGGACCUUGUGAUCCAGCGCACCCAAAUCCAUGCGAUUGUCCAGCUGGAGAACCAGGAGAACCAGGGCCACGUGGACCUCCAGGAAACAAUGGAUUGCCUGGAUUGAAAGGAAGACGAGGAAUCGAUGGAUUGGAUGGACGACCUGGAAGACCUGGAAAGACUGGAAUCGAUGGGAUUCCAGGACCUAAAGGAGAGGAUGGAAGUGAUGGAGAACCAGGAAUCAUUGACACUUCUGAUGUUGGGCCACCAGGAGAUGAUGGAGAGGAAGGAGAAGCAGGAGAGGCUGGACAACCAGGAAACGAUGGAAGAGAUGGAAAACCGGGACAAGUUGGACCACCAGGACCACCAGGAAGAGAUGGAAUUGAUGGGGAGAAUGGAAACGAUGGAGACUUGGGAGAACCAGGAAUUCAAGGAAGACCAGGAGAGGAAGGAAUCUGUCCAAAAUAUUGUGCAAUUGAUGGAGGUGUCUUUUUCGACAGUGGUUCUGGUCGUCGUAAAGCUUAA